ACUUUGUUUAAGGUAAUAUUAAUCUCCAAGGAAGCGUAUUAAUGAUCGUUUGAAAACGAGAAAAGGCUGUAUUUUUAUACAUCACCAAAAGUUGCAAUUUCAUACCUCCUUCUAAAUAUUUUAUCAUUAUUAUGUUGAUAAACUGAUGAUAUAUUCAUAAUGGUUUUAGGUGGUGAAAUACAGACGAAUGCAGAUAUCUCGGCACUAACCAUACCUGGAUAUGACAUAUACGUCACAAUCACUGACGGAACAAACACUGUGGGACCGAGGACCGUGACUGUCAUAGUUACUGGCAUAAACUCACCACCUGUUAUACGGAACACACCUCUGACGUUUAGCCUGUCAUUAAUGGAGAACAGUGCAAAAAGCGCCUCUAUUUAUCAGAUAAAUGCUGCAGAUCCGGACUCGGAUACGCUAACCUAUAGCAUCACCUACACACCUGCUACCGAAGGAGCUACUGUCUUCUCGUUUGAUACAUCUACUGGGCUAUUGUCCACCUCUUCAGCUACCGUAGUAGACUAUGAGAGUUUGACCAGUAAGAGUUUUACCGCGGACAUCAGCGUUACAGACGGCGCGGCGACUGAUACCUACGCCACAUUCACCAUCGAUGUGAUUGACAUAAACGAGGCUCCAGCUUUCGGAACUACAAUCUAUUACGUCACCGGAAAUGAAGGGAAUGCUGGGGAGAGCUUUGGUAACCCUGGGUUUACUGUAACGGAUCCUGAUACUGGCGAUACAUAUUCCUACACUGUCGACUGCACUGCUAUCACCAUGGAUUCUAAUACAGGCGCUGUGACCUUGAGUGGGACCUACGACCUUGACAUUUCUGGUACGGCGUCAGUAUUGACCUGUACUGCCACGGUAUCGGAUGGCGAGCUCACUGAUACGACUCAAUUGAUAGUCACAAUAAAUGACGUCAACGACCAUACUCCAGCAUUCUCCCAAUCGGACUAUACCAUUUAUACGACCAUAUACGGUAACGUUGGCGGGAUUAUUGGGAAUAUAGCGGCAACUGAUGGGGACUUAGGGAAUCUACGGAGCAUUAACCUACUCACUGGACACUUCAACACUCAACGACACUUACUUUGGAGUGAGCGGCACAGGAGAUUUAUACCUCAAUAAGCUCCUUUCAUCAUUCGGAAAUGGGGCAUACUUCCCUUUUACUGCAACUGUAACAGACUAUGGUGGUCUAACAGAUACAGCAAAUGUUGUUGUCGUAGUAUACACAACAACUACUGUACCAUCGACAACUACAACAGAAAGAUAUAUAACAUUUUUCGAGUACCCUCCGAACAUACCAUGGUUCACCAUGUUUUGCCUGACUGCAUUCACUGUAGCUGUUGUGUUUGCUUACUUGAUCUACACGAGAGGAUUCCUGAGAAAUCUCACCUGUGAAGAUUUUAAGUCAGUAUGUAGGGAAAAGAAAAAGAGGAUCAUCAAAAGAAAACCAAAGAAGAAAAACAAACAUUUCGCUUCCGGUCAGCAGGAUCUAAAGAGGGGCGUGACGUUUGCCUCGUCUAACUAGACCCACUAAAUUCACACAAACUCUAAAGACCGGAAUCUGCAUUGAAAACCAAUCCAUAUUGAAACCUGAGGAACAACUACUAUCGACCACAACCCAACAUCUGGGACUGUGUUAUUGUUUUAAUUUGUCAUUUACUACAAGAAUAUGCACAUAAGUACUUAGUCUAACGAGUGGACAUCCGCUUGAUAUCAAAUAGUAACACAAAUCACGUCAUAUUAAUUACCAGACAUGGCUUUUAAAGGUAUUUAGAAUCAUACUGGUUCUAAAAGUUAAGGUGUGAACGUCAUCAUAAUGCUAUUCAAAUCGUUACAACAAAACUACAUGCACGAUUGAUACCUCAGCGCAAGAUUCUGACGUUCGAUUGGAUUAUCUGGUUUUGGAGAUAAUAUUUUGGAAUAAACUAAAUAUCAAUUAGAACCAAACUGAGAAAUAUGUUGUAAAUAUGAUAAUAUAGAUUAUUUUUAUUAAUGCUUUAUAUGACAUUUGCCUUGUUUAUAGAGGUUGUGUUUGCUCAUACAUCAGGAUAAGCAGAACUUAUUAUUUUGAUUUUGUGUGUAAAACAGUAUCACUUUUAAUAUACAAUGUAAAUACAAAGGAUAAGUAUAUAUAAGUAUCGUGACGGUAUAAUCAGGAUCAAAUGAUUUUAUGAUGUUGAUUGUGAAAUUUAUAGAAAUAUGUGACGUUUGCAUCUAGCCAUCCAGAUUUUGACAUUUCUUAUUAUAUCAUCAUGUACUGAACAGUAUUAUCAAUACUAGAAAUUUAAACUAAGCAAGUUUAAAAAAAAAACAAAAAAAAACAUGGAGAACGCGGACUUCUAUCAAUUCUAACAUAAUAUACAAGGGGAGGUAACUUUUGACAAAAUAUUCCCUUCACAAAAGUGUAUCAAGUUUCAGAAGAUAAGUUUAGUAGUUUCAGUCCGAAAUGUUGUAGGUGCAUAAAGAAGAAAAAUUUAAGUAUCAAAUAGUAUAAUAUAUUUAAGGAUUAAACUCUCUUUUUUGGUGUCUAUGGUCGAUAUAGAUGCCAGAGCUUUGCAAA